UUCUCAAUUCAUUCGCAAUUGACACUUCAGCAUAUUGCGAUAUCCCAUAAAGAGGCUUCGCGUUCUCUACACAUCCGUGACCAAUCCCCAAUCUCUUUGCGUGCGGCUCCCUUGGCUCAAAAAACGUGUCCACCUCGUGUCCAACAUAAUCGUUUGUUCAUUUAAGCCUAAUUUCCCUCGUGUAUUCUUACACCAUAAUCUCCGGACUUGCGAAGUCUAGGGGACGUGCCAUCUACACUAUGUGGAAUCGAAUACUGCACCCUGUGAAGAAGAAGAAGAGUGACAAAGAUGAGCAGGGGCACGUCGUCGAACCACCCCGAAGUCAGCCUGUCCAGUCUGUCGCGAAUCGCCCACGUUCUUACACCACUAGCCCAGCAUCUACCACAGUCCCGGUGCCUCGCCACAAUACAUUGUCGAAACUCGUUCAGAAUCACCUCCACCAAUCUUGGCAGCUCCGAUAACUUCUGUCCCCCACCUCACGGUUGCGUCCUCACGCACACGUAUUUCCUCGCCUCCCCCUUCCCGGACCGUGGCAAACUCUGCGCACAGCUACACGCUUUCACCACCACAACCCACUCAAACCUAUCCUUCAUCCCUCACCAUCAAACCCCUCAACGUUCGAUUCCGAUGGCGAUGGACCCACCCAAAAUCUCUCUUCCUCCACCUCCGCGCCGCCGACCCUCGCGCAGCAAUAUUGACUCAAGCGGGAAGAAGGGUCUUCGGCGAACGAAGUCCACGCAGAGCAUGCUGAGAUCCCACGGUUCUGGAAGUCCCAAGGCAUGGAAUGCAGACCCCGAGCAGGUUGCUGCGCUGCACAAUGCCACAAUCAUGGCAAGUGGUGGUAGCCCUUUAUUUCCAAGGAAAACUACCGUGUCCAUGACGGGGUCAGGGAGCGGGGAGGGUGACGGAACCGAGAAGCCCGCAUCUUCGUCCGAGGCGUCAACUCUUACACCACAUCAAGGAAAGAAACCACCGGAAGGAUGGAUCUAAUUACAAUAGCUUUGGUGGCGUGGUGACGGAGUCGCUUCGAUGAUCUACGCUAUGAAUUUACUCAUCCGGUUUGCCUGACUUCCUUAUUGUUCCUCGACUCUUCUUCUCUCGUGUUGAUGCACUC